AUGGCAACCUUUUUUGACUUCGUAUCCCCACGCCGAGUCUUCGCUGCUAUUGCCGACUACAUCGCAUUCCUUCCACCAAGCCCGACCUACGAGAUCGUUUCCAACGAUGCCAAACUCCUCAAGAUGUCCUUCAAGGACGUUGCCAUGUGGCAGUACGGCGAACGCGAGAAGAAUCUGUUGGAUGUCUCCUUCACGAAAACGUCUUCGGGGAAUGACAUCGUCUGCCUCUUCGUCAGCAGUGCUGCAAACGCAAAGUACACGAUUCUCUUCUCGCACGGGAACGCGGUGGAUUUGGGACAGACAGCCAGUUUCUUCGUUCGUCUGGCCAAUCGCCUCAAUUGCAACGUCUUCAGCUACGAUUACUCCGGGUACGGGGCCAGCAAGGGUAAGCCAUCGGAGAAGAACUUGUAUUCGGACCUCGACGCGGCCUGGGACGCCCUCCGCACCAAGUACCACGUCCAGGAAGAAAGCGUGAUCUUAUACGGUCGAAGCUUGGGAACGGUCCCCACCAUCGACCUGGCGACCAGGCUCCACAAAAUCCCCGGUGUGAUCCUUCAAUCGCCCCUCGCCUCAGCGCUGAGGAUGCUCCUCCCCAGCAUGUCGUCCACCUGGAGCAUCGACUCCUUCCCCAGCGUCGACAAGGCGCCUCGCAUCACCGCGCCCGUCCUCGUCAUCCACGGAACGAAGGACGAAGUGAUCAAUUUCUCCCACGGACAGAUGGUGUACGACCGGUGCAAGAAUAAAUUAGCCCCUCUUUGGGUGCAAGGAGCCGGCCACAACGACAUGGAAGCUUUCCAAGAGUUUUGGGAAAGAUUAGAGGAGUUCGUCGACUCGGACUUGGGAGACGAAGACAAAGGCAUGCUGCAAGAUCGAGCCUUCAUCCCAGGCAUCCGGGUCUACAAGUGGCACGUUCCCUGCAUCCAUGAGGAACUUUGUGGUUGCCACGUCCGCUCCCAGUCAGUCGUCCAGCGAGGCCUCCAGGUACAACACGGGAUAUUAUUUUCCCUCCAGUUCUCGGAGGAUCCAGUCCAAGAGAGCUUGGUCUCGGCCUGA